AUGGCCGACCUGGAGCUAAUGAAUAUUCUUGUAGUGGGUGGGAACGCUGUCUCGGCUUUCCUGUCGUGGAGGCUACAGGCAACCAAUGCCUGUGAUGUGACUCUUGUUUGGAAGUCCGGCUACGAGCAUGUCGCACAAUAUGGCAUCUCCUUCAAGUCCGCAGUUUUUGGCAACGAGCGAUUUAAACCCCGUCGAGUGGUCAGAUCACCAGAAGAGGCAUUAAGCCGUAAAGAAGGAUCCUUCGAUUAUGUUGUUCUCUGCGUAAAAGCUCUGCCCGACAUAUACGACCUGGCCUCCGUCAUCGAUUCCGUUGUUGUUCCUAAUCACACCUGCAUCCUGAUCAAUACCACCAACACGAUCGGUCUUGAGGCAGCCAUCGAGGAGAGAUACCCGACAAAUGUUGUCCUGUCUCUCGUGGCCGGUGCUGAUCUGGCGCAACUCGGCCAGAGUGAGUUCGAACACAAGGGGUCGACCGAACUGUGGGUUGGACCGGCCAAGAGGAACUCCACCAUUCCGGCGACGAUACAGGACGACAUGGCCUCAGCUCUUGCUAUCACGCUCAGCUCUGGCCAGGUCGACGCCAAGGUGUCACCCAACAUCCGGCAGCACCAAUAUGAACGUGUCAUAGGUCCCAUUGCCUUUCAUCCCGCCAGCGUUAUAUUCGAGACGGCAAACUACUCGGAGCUGCUCGCGAAGCCUGCAGUGAAAACCCUCGUGUCUGGCGUAAUUGAUGAGCUGCUGGAGUUAGCUGCCGCGCAAGGCUGCAAUUUUGACACAGGCUACAAGGAAAAGGUUAUGGACGAGAUGACGAGGCAGGCUGGCACGGAGAGCGUCAUGUGGCAAGACUUCCAGUCUAGGAGACCCAUGGAGGUCGAGUCCUUCCUCGGCUCGCCCGUGAAGCUCGCGCAAGAAGCCAACGUCAGCCUGCCCCGUAUCGAGACGCUGUACGCCAUGCUCCACCACCUGAAUGUCGUCAACCGGAACAGGCCGAGGAUAGACGUUACUGCUGCGGCAGCAGGGCCUCCACCGCCGUCCAGCUCACCAACGUCGAUGGCCAUGCCGUCUCCCGCAGCCCGCAUGUCCAUGUCACAGGCUCCUCGCCCUAUGCCGCCCAAUGGUAUGCCCAACGGAAACGGAAUGCCGCGACGACCCAGGGGUCCCUCACAGAUGGGACCCCCUCUUGGAAUGCGCCGUCCUUCAUCCAACACCGGCCCGCAGCCGAACGGCUAUGGUCGCCCUCCGAUGAACGGCAUCCAGAAUGGAUCCCAUACCCGUCAGCAGCCGUCCAGACGAGGCUCGAUAGACGAAGGUUUGCAGGAGGAGUUCGGCCACCUGGGCUUCUACGACGAUGAGAUACCCGAGGGCGGCGAGCCCAUCACCCCCGACCAGCUGGCGAUCAGGGAGCGCGAGCUUCAGUUACGACAGCGCGACCUGGCACUGCGGGACCAGGAGAUGAGGAUGAGAGGCCCCCCGGGAAGAGGCAUGAUGGGACCGCCACCACCCGGAAUGAGGCGUGGGCCGCCCCCUCCCAGAGGCCCUGUCUACGAUGAUGACGACGACGAGGACUAUUUUGAUCCCAACCUUGGACCGCCUGUGCCUAUGAUCGACCCAGACAACUUUGACAUGAUGAGUGUCACGUCCAGGAAAAAUCGGCACACACCAAAGCCUUCGGCUUCGCAAUUUCGCAAGAACCCAGAAGCCGACUCGAUGCCAGGCAGGUCCAGCCGCUUUAGGCCCAACUUCGCCAGUCGCAACCGCUCGAGCCAGAUGGGUACCCAAACCCCUAAUCUUGGCAGCAACAUUCUAGAUGACCCGAUGAUGAAGUUCACCGACAACAGAUACGGCCAUGUUGACCGAAGUGCAAUGCAGGCGGAAUCGCGAGCGAACUCCAUGACCUCGCAGGCGGGCAACUGGCAGAACGGGUUGAACGGACCGCCGAACGGGCCGCCGAACGGAAUGUUCCAGCGGAGGGCGAGCCAAUCACCAGGUUAUGCUCCGUCUAUGAGAGGAGGAAAUGGCCGGCCGUCCCCGCCCAACGGAUAUGGGCCACCAGGCAUGAACGGACGACCGUCGCCACCCAACGGUGUCCGCCAGCCUGUGCCCCAGUAUCCACCAGGGCAUGGCAACGCAGUCGCGCCACAACAAGUUGAACAGCACGCUGGGGUGAGCAACCUUCAUCCGCCCUCCAAGGGCCAAAAUGUCCCAAGUCUGACCGGAAGUGCGAGCGCCAGCGCGGGCAGUGGUGAAUCCACUAAUCUCGAUACACCAUCUGCGCACAGCAGCCAGAGCAGCCUC